GCUUCAACUCCCUGUUGGUAAACGUUCUAUAGAGAGUGUACCACCCACGCCAUCGAAAAAAUGCUAUGCAACAUACCAUGUCGAAUAGUACUUGCUAUAAUUAAUAUAGUUUCUCUGAUUGUGGGCCUAAUCAUAUUGACCGGUGGAGCAUUGUUAAUAUGGGGUCGUGACAUAUUUAUAAAAGUGCUGGACAGAUUUUUGGAACCAUUUUUGCGGGCGAUUCGCGUGGCCGAUGAUGCAGCCCAGGUGACGGAAUUAAUCACUCGGAUUACAACAUCUACUUCUCCCAUUGGCAUAGUACUUUUGUGUUUUGGGGCGGCUGUCGCAAUCCUCUCUGUUCUUGGUAUCAUCGGAGCCUGCUGCAAUUUGCUGAUAAUUCUCAAAGUGUAUGCUGCCAUCAUAACGGUAAUCGCUGUUGCAAUGUUGGUCAUGAUCAUCCUAUACUUCGUAAAGCAGGAUGUGUUUGGCGAAUAUGCGGUGAAACUAUUCAGCAUGAGCGUGGCAAAUUACACAUCGAUCGAGGCGAAUGACGUCCACAGCCUCGUAAUUGGUUUUCUGCAACCUUAUCUCGGUUGUUGUGGGGUGGAUUCCCCGACCGAAUUUUCUCAAAUGGCAAAGAAGGAUGUCUAUGGCGAGAGGGAGUACACCGGUCUAAAAUAUCCAAUUCCCUGCUGCAAAAUGACCGACAAAUUCCAACUGAUCGAUCCCAAUUGUCCGAACGACUUCACUGACAAAAAUAGCAACAUCGGGACAGGAUGUCAUAAGCCAAUAAAGGACAAGGUAGUUGAGGUCAUGAACAAGGCGAUGUUCGCUCUGAUUGGAACGAUGGUUUUCUUGCUUCUUCUCGUGAUAUUUACUGGAAUCACCAUUUUCAUGGACUGUUUAUAACCGGAGAAAUGGAAUGGAGCACAAUGCGGUGAUUAUUCCUAUAUUUUUCCGUUACCAAAGAGCCGACAUUAUGACUAUACUUUUUCUUAUAUUGGUUUCUCCUCCAAAACAGAUUUGAGAUGCGUUUCAUGUUUUCACCGACUCAGGGAACCAUUCGGAAAAUGUUAAACUUAUAAUAUCGACAGUGUUUAUGCAAGAAAGUCAUAAAAAUGUAUUUGCC